GGGUUAUUGCAUAAGAGCGAAUUCACACAUACAGAACCCUCCUAAAGGGAGGGAAACCUGUAUAUGAUAAGGAAAACAUCUGAUACAUUAUGUAAGGACUAUCUGUACAUGCCAGACAGAGGAUAUAAACUUUAUAUGCUAAGUAAUUUUGCAGGAGGCUUCUUCAAGCAUUUCAAACUUAUUAAUGUAUAACUAACUUUAUUUACAUGUGUAUUCCAAGUUAUAAACCAAAGUGUUUCACCUCCAGGUCCUUACUGUAAUAAGGCUCAGGGGUUAUUCAAAAUCACCUACAAUGCACAAAACUACCUCCCAGAGAAAGACUUGUCCCAUUCUUCCGCAAGAAAAAAAAAGUUCAUCAUGAACAUAAUGGAAAAUAGCCCAUUCCUGGCUAACAUGAUGAAAUACAGUGCUUUGUGUGAACUGAAGUAUGACUUGUCAUGUGAACUCUACAGAAUGUCCACGUUUUCUACUUUCCCCAUCAACGUGCCAGUGUCUGAAAGGAAUCUUGCCCGGGCUGGGUUUUAUUACACUGGUGUUAAAGAUAAAGUUAAAUGCUUCAGUUGUGGCUUGAUGUUGGAUAACUGGAAAAAAGGAGAUAAUGCAAUGGAAAAACACAAACAGCUCUAUCCUAGCUGCAGCUUCAUUCAGGGAUUGCUUUCAUUAAACAACCUUGGAUCAUCCUCUCAUUCUGCCUUUUCACCUCCGGCCACAACGAGCAACCUGUCACCACCUUUACAUUCCAUAACCCUGGCUACAAGUUUAGAUGAAAUUGGUUACUUCAGUGGCUCUUUUUCCAGUGGUCUUCAAGUCCCGAUAACUUCUAGGGCAGUUGAAGACAUCUCAUUUUUGAGACCGAGGUUUUAUAAUCCUUCAAUGAGCACGGAAGAUGCCAGACUGCGCACUUUUCAGAUGUGGCCUCUGACUUUUCUGUCACCAACGGACCUAGCAAAAGCUGGUUUUUACUACACAGGGCCAGCAGACAAAGUUGCUUGCUUUACCUGUGGUGGACAACUGAGUAACUGGGAACCAAAGGAUAAUGCCAUGUCAGAGCAUCAGAGACACUUUCCUAACUGCCCUUUUGUGGAAAAUCAAACUCGAGAUCAAACAGGUUUCUGCGUUUCUAACUGGGAGAUGCAAACCCACGAGGCACGUGUUAACACUUUUAUAAACUGGCCAACUAGAAUUCCCGUUCGACCUGAACAGCUUGCAAAGGCUGGCUUUUAUUACGUAGGUCGCAAUGAUGAUGUCAAGUGCUUCUGCUGUGAUGGUGGAUUGAGGUGCUGGGAGUCUGGAGAUGAUCCCUGGAUCGAGCAUGCUAAGUGGUUUCCAAAAUGCGAGUACCUGCUGCGUGUUAAAGGCAUUGAGUUUGUUAGUCAAAUUCAGGCAAGGUUUCCCCAUCUUCUUGAACAGCUCUUGUCAACAUCUGAUACUCCUGUAGAUGAAAAUGCAGAUCCAUCAAUUAUUCAUUUUGAACCUGGAGAAAGCCGGUCCGAAGAUGCGAUCAUGAUGAACACCCCUGUAAUUAAAGCUGCGUUGGAGAUGGGAUUUAGCAGAAGAUUAAUAAAGCAGACGGUUCAGAGCAAAAUCUUAGCCACUGGAGAAAAUUAUAAGACAGUUAACGAUCUUGUGUCUGAUCUGCUUACUGCUGAAGACGAAAAGAGGGAAGAAGAGAGGGAGAGGCAGUCUGAGGAAGUAGCUUCAGAUGAUUUGUCACUAAUCAGGAAGAAUCGAAUGGCUUUGUUUCAGCGUUUGACCUGUGUGUUUCCAAUCCUGGAGAGUUUAUUGUCAGCUAAAGUCAUAACUGAACUUGAACAUGAUGUUAUUAAACAAAAAACCCAAACCCCAUUGCAAGCAAGGGAAGUGAUUGAUACAAUUUUAGUGAAAGGAAAUUCGGCAGCCAACAUAUUCAGAAACUGCCUACGAGAGUGUGACCCCAUAUUGUACAAAGACUUAUUUGUGGAAAAAAGCAUGAAGUAUGUCCCCAUAGAAGACAUUUCAGGUUUACCCAUGGAAGAGCAGCUGAGGAGGCUACAGGAGGAAAGAACCUGUAAAGUGUGCAUGGACAAAGAAGUUUCAAUUGUAUUUAUUCCAUGUGGUCAUUUAGUGGUGUGCAAAGAAUGUGCACCUUCCCUUCGAAAAUGCCCUAUUUGCAGGGGGACGAUCAAGGGUACAGUUCGUACCUUCCUUUCGUGAGGAGGGAAACCUAUGCAAGGUUUGCUUAUGUUCCCGUGGGAUCCUUGAAUUGCUCAAGACUAAGCCAACAGUGUCUUAAGAAUGGAAGUUCUGGUAAAUUGCUUACUUCAGAUGUACUGUUGGGCAAUAAUGGGCUGUUGUCAUUGUACUCAUCUUAAAUGUUAUUCUUCCAGAUAGUCAUGAAGAGCUUGUUUUCCCAUUGUUUUCGGAGAGAUUUACACAAGCUGUUGAAUUCUCUUGUUGAAGUAAUUUUUUUUCUCUCAAUGUUUUAAGUAGAGAGUCCUUUCAUAAGCAUAACCUCACUCUGAUCUGGGGAGAGGUUCUUUACUGAUCAAGCACAUUGUUUUGAUGUUUUUGAUUUUUAAAACCAAAUCUUGUGCAACUGAAUUGAGUAGUGAACUUGAGAGUUAAUGAAUGGACCCAUUAACACUUUCAGUGUUGUUUCAGCUGCUGUUUUAAUUUGCAUUUUAUUUAUUUUUUUUGUUAACAACAAAGAUUAAAAUAAAACUGUAAAUAAAAGAUCCAAGUUCCACUCUU